AUGGCAACUUCAUCAGAAGAAGUGUUAUUGGUCAUCAAGAAGGUGGAUCAGAAGAAGCAGGAUGGCGCCUUGUACCUCAUGGCAGAAAGGAUUGCUUGGGCCCCUGAAGGCCAAGACGGCUUUACAGUCAGCCACAUGUAUGCUGACAUCAAAUACCAGAAAAUCAGCGUGGAAGGAAAAGCUAAAGUCCAGUUUCAGCCGGUCCUACACGCAGGAGACAAGACCAACUUCCACUUUGCCCAUGAAAGCAGGGCUUCCAAGGAUCGAGACACUAUGAAAGGCCUUCUUCAGCAGUUGCUACCCAAGUUCAAGAGGAAAGCCAGCAAAGAACUGGAAGAGAAAAACAGAAUGCUGCAAGCAGAUCCUGCUUUGCUCCAGCUUUACAAAGACCUGGUUGUGAGCCAGCUCAUCAGUGCUGAGGAAUUCUGGGCUGGUCCUUUAAGGGUGAAUAACCUGCAGAACCCUGCAGCAGCCCAUCACCAGCAGAAUAUGGGCAUUUCCUCAGCAUUUCCGGCCGAUGUCCACCCUCAAACAGAAGGCUGUAAUGGCCUAAGAUGACUUACUACUGAUAUCAUUGAUUCCAUAUUUAGGACCUCCCCAGCAGUCAAAAUGAGAUAUGCAGAAAAUGUCCCACAUAACGUGACAGAAACAGAGUUCUGGCAGGAUUUUUUUCAGUCCCACUAUUUUCAUAGGGAUAGGCUUUAUGCAGGGUCAAAAGACUUUGCAGAAUGUGCCCAAAUGGAUGAAAGGGCUUUAAAGGCAAUGGUAUCAGUAGGAGUGAAAAACCCACUGCUAGAUUUGACAGCACUGGAGGAGAAGUCAUUAGAUGAGGGCUAUGGGGUUGCCCAUGGACCAUCUCCUUGCAACUCUUCAAAAUCCUUAAAGGUGAAUAGAAAUGCCACCAUCAUCAAGAGAUUUAACCAUCACAGUGCUAUGGUCCUGGCAGCUGGACUCAGGAAACAUGAAGCACAAAAUGAUGACAAUGGUGGGAACAGCAGCACUGAUGGAAACUCUCAGGAGUCAGACUUCUUUGAGCUGUGGGUCAAAAGGCUGAAGUUACAGGAAUCCAUAGAAUAUGAAGACUUGGGUAGGGUGGGGGUGGGGUGGGAUAGUAGCAUAAAAACAAUUGCACUAAGUCUGAAGAAGCCAGACAGGUAUUACCAUGGCCCAACUCCCAUUCAGUCCCUCCAAUGUGCAACAAGUCAGGACAUUACUGAUUCUCUUCAGAAUAUUAAGCAGGAGAUGGAAAGUUAUAUACCCAAACUAACUCAGGUUCUUUCAAGUGGUGCUGCAAGUAGUACCAUCCCAGCCCUAUCCCCUGGAGGAGCACUUAUGCUGGGGGUAUCCCAGCAAGCCAUCAACCAGAUGGCACCAAAGGACAUUUAUUCAGAGCUCAAACACUCGGAUGUGGUCGUGGGGGAGCUGCCAAGGCAUUUCUGGUCCUGUUUUCCUGUGAACACACCAUUCCUGGAAGAAAAGGUAAUGAGGAUGAAGAGGAAUUUGGAACAAUUUCAAGCUACUAAGCUCCGCCCACUCCAAGAAAAAAUUCAGAGACAUUAUUUAAGCCCAAGUCUGGCAAGUCACAUAGAGGAGAUGCUGCAUAUGGCCUACGAUAAAAGUGGAUAA